AUGGGCGUUGAACGCCCAAAUGAGGGAAGCCAAGCAGGUGCACGUUCAGGGAACACCUCUCUGAAACUAGUUGGUAAUCCUUCUUCUGGCACCGUGAACACUCACCCUGUACCACUCAGCAUACCUGAUUACAGGACUAGGAUGCCAUAUUCUCAAAACUCUGUCAAGCAGAAAAGGAUAAGCAAUUUGCCAGUCAUCCAGAGGACCCUGCCAGAGAAACAUCAAGACCCCAAGAGUUUUGUGAUACCUUGCACUCUCGGGGACGGUCACAUAAGGAAAGCCCUAUGUGAUCUUAGAGCAAGCAUCAAUCUGAUGCCUUCAUCACUAAUAAGGAAACUUGGGAACCAAGAUGUCAAGCCUACCCGCAUCUGCCUGCAGCUCGCUGAUGGAUCCACCAAGUUCUCAUCAGGAGUGGUUGAAGACAUGAUCGUAAGGGUUGGACCCUUUGCGUUUCCCACAGACUUCAUGGUGUUGAACAUGGAAGAACACAAGAAUGUAUCCAUUAUUCUAGGAAGACCCUAUUUGGCUACAGGAAAACCCUCAUUGAUGUGCAAAAAGGGGGAAGUGACACUGCAAGUUGAUGAGGACGAAUUCGUACUGAAUGCUGUCAGGGCCAUGCAGUACCCUGACACACCAGAGGAAUGUAUGAAGAUUGAUAUCAUCGACCCACUGGGUAUGACACGCUUGACAUAG